GUAGAGCAUGUACUCUAUGUAUACUCUGACAAAUACCAUCAUUGUACGGUUCAGUAGCAGAAGCCUGCGUGCACUUGGAAAUCUCGCGACAUCUGCGCUGAGCAGUGAAGCGCUGCUGUGUCAACACCCAGAGCGCGCGAGCGCACACAUCCCUCCUCAUCUGACGCUGUCUGUCCGCCGAGAAAUCCAGACUCCUGCGAUGACGACGAGACUAAGAUGAAUGCAGUCUGGGCUGUCGAUAGUGUAAUGGAGUUGAGGUGAGAAUGGCUCUUUCUCAAUCAAAGUCAACCAAAAUGGGAAAGUCCAGACUGUUCCGCAUUUUUAUGAUUGUGGGUGCCGUCUUCAUGAUUCUUCUUAUAAUCAUAUACUGGGAUGAUGUGGGGGCCUCUAAUUUUUACCUGCACACAACCAUCUCCGGACCCCAUCCGUCCCGCCUCUCUCCACAGAGCCGUCGUGGCCCUGAAAAGAAAGUAGAGCAAGACAAAGAGAGCUCUUUUUUGACAGACAUAGAUGCUUUUGUCAACCAGUUUUUAGAAGGAACCGCAGACCCCACGGAACAGGUGAGAGGAGAACCGCCCCCUGGAGACCCCCACAAUCAGUCCUCUGAGAAAUCAGAGGAGAAAUUUGUCCCAAGAAGAGAGUGGAAGAUCCAUCUGAGGCCAAUUGACCCUGAGAAAAAACAGAGGCAGGACAGUAGAAAGCAGCUGAUCCAAGAUGUGUGCAGUAACAAAAGUUACUUUGACUUCCCGGGAAAGAACAGGACUUUUGAUGACAUACCCAAUAAAGAGUUGGAUCACCUCAUCGUGGACGACAGGCAUGGGAUCAUUUACUGUUAUGUUCCCAAGGUGGCCUGCACAAACUGGAAGCGCAUCAUGAUCGUGCUGAGCGAGAGCCUGUUAUUGGACGGCGUGCCCUACCAAGACCCUCUAGAUGUUCCUCAGGAGCUCAUCCACAACAAUAGCCUGCACUUCACCUUCAACAAGUUCUGGAAACGCUAUGGAAAGUUCUCUCGGCACCUCAUGAAAAUCAAGCUUAAGAAAUACACCAAGUUUUUGUUCGUCAGGGAUCCUUUCGUGCGACUGAUCUCUGCCUAUCGCAACAAAUUCGAACAAGAGAACGAGGACUUCUACAAAAGAUUCGCCGUCACCAUGUUGAGAAAAUUCAGCAAUUACUCGGAUCCACCGGCAUCAGUCGUGGACGCUUUUGCCGCUGGGAUUCGACCGUCUUUCUCCAAUUUCGUUCAGUAUUUACUGGAUCCUAACACUGAGAAAGAGAUGCCUUUUAAUGAGCACUGGAGACAAAUGUACCGUUUGUGCCAUCCCUGCCAGAUAAAUUAUGAUUUCGUGGGGAAGCUGGAGACCUUGGACGAGGACGCUGAGCAUUUGUUGCGGAUUCUCCGUGUAGACAAUGUUGUCGAGUUCCCACAAAGUCAUCGCAAUCGAACGGUCAGCAGUUGGGAGCGCGAUUGGUUUGCCAACAUACCAUUGGAGUCCAGAAAAGAGCUGUACAGGCUCUAUGAGGGCGAUUUUAAACUGUUUGGGUAUUCUAAACCAGAGAAGCUGGUACAUGAGUGAUACGCUGAUUGUCAACUUUACUGAGGUGCUGACAAGAUUUUCACAGCACAAGAAACAGGGCAAUAGGAGUUCCUGCUGCUUGGUUCUUUCACACGAUGCUGUUUAUAAAGGCUCUUUCACAUGGCUCAUGUCCAGAGGAUCAAUGUUUGGCUAGUUAGCUAAGUCUUGGAGGUAGAUACAGUGCUUCCAAAAAGCAUAUUUUUCCAUUGGCAGCUAUUCAAAAGUACAGCACCCCACCCAUGACAUCAGUAGAACAAAAAAUGAAGAACAUGUAUUCACAACUUAAUUUGCUUAUUUUAGUUAAAUUGUUGCUACGUUGUACUGAUUUGUUCUCUUGUUAAAUUGUGGCCAUGAUUUAACUAAAUUAAAAUGUGGGAAGAAGUUAGUGCAAUGUGGCCAUGAAUUAACUGUAACAAGUGAAUUAAUUUAAUUUACCUGGCCAUUUUUUAAAUUAAAGUGAGGAACAAAUUCAUAUAACUUGGCCAUGAUUCGACUAAAUUAAAAUGAGCAAAUAAUUUAGUACAAAAUGGCCACAAUUAAAAAAUAAAAUGAGUGAAUGAAUUAGUACACUAAGUAGUUGAGGAAAUAUUAUUUUCUUUUUUAAUUUGUGGCCAUGAUAUCUAUUUUUUUUUCACGUCACGUACAUACAAAAGUAUUUGUGGUUUGCAAAUAUUAUAGUGAUUGUUUUACCAGUAUUUUACUAUAUUUUGAGGGCUCUUAAAAACAUAAUAAGGACAUGGUUAUUUGGAUUUUCUUUCCUGGCCUUUUACGUUACGUGAUAGUCUCUAGAGCAGGGUUUAAUGCAGUCAGCCAGUGUCCACGUUGACAUGACCUUACAGCUCAGGUAAUUGUCGAAAAACUUGCUGUAAUCAAUGAUGGCCGAUAAGAGAAAGCAUGGCAUGGAUUGCUGACCGUUUCAAUGGCUGCACUUCGAACAAAUCAGUAAUAAAUGGUGCAACCAACUUGAAAUUUUAGUAUUGUGUUAACGUUCACCCUGUGCUGAGGGUAAUGCUGUAGCUUCAAGCUUCACAAAAUGCGGUUCUGUGCAUUGGGGGAAUGCUGAUUUGAGUCAUGUGAAAGAGCUUUUAGGUUUUUGUUUGGAGCUUGUGGGCAUUGAAAGUAAUACUGUAGUGAAUAUACAUUCCUUGCACACAGGUUACAUUUCCUCAGUCCAUUUCCCAGUAUCCCACUAAAUGUUACUGUUUUUUGUAUGGACUUCAUGGACAAUUUUAGAGACGUAUGAUGGUUACCUACAACCUACUCAAAGAAGCCCAGUUUUCUUUCUUUUUUUUUUUUUUAUAUUCUCAACAGUGUUUAAAACACAUUCAUUACAGUAUUAGUACUAUUCUUGUAAUGUGGAUGGAUGUGAUCAUCCUAGCGAGAGACUUUUGUCCCUUUUCAGUUGUUUAGUUGUAUGUUUUACACUAAAAUAUCACAAGAAAUUAAAAAAAAAGUAUUUUACAUUUAGCAAGUGGACAUAUUAGAGUAUUUUAGAAUAUUUUUGUAACCUUUUACAACUAAAUGUGAAAAGUGAAGGCACUUUUGUCCUUGGGGGAAAAAAAAACUACAUAGUAUUUUGAAAUGCACGAAAACAUUUUACAUUUGUUUUUGUUUUUUUAUCAUAAAGGGAUCACUGCCCAAGUAUUCUUUAUAUAUACAUACACAAAAACCUCAAUGUGUCCAUGGAAAGUUGGAGACAAAUUCUUUUUUAUUUGUAUUAUUUUUUUUUCAACCUUUUAAAGUAGUUCAUAGUCCACUAUUUCACAAAAUUGCCAUUGUUCUGCAGUGAAGUGAGUGAAUGGAGUAACUGUCAUCAGAAGAUAUUUCUUUGUACUAGAGGCUGGAGAAUUCAGAUUAUGGCCUGCUCUUGUCGAGGUAAUCUUGCCUUUCAUCAUUUUGAACCUUUUAUUGUGUUGGUGUGUAGCAGGGACUGGAAGAGCCCUCUGAUCUGCAGCAUGCUAUAGAUGUUAGCAUGUAUGCCUUGCAGUCAUUCAUAAAUAUGCAUCACUCAUGAAUAUUGUAGCAAACUAAAUUUACCAUUUGUAAAAAAUCUGUUAGGUUUAGACUUUAGAGGGUAAAAUGAUGGCCUUGUUUGGAUAUUGUUAGGAAUAUAAUUGCAGGCACAGGGUAUUUCUUUCUUUCUUUGCAAGAGUAAUUUGGUGUAAUUGAAGCACAAAUGUCAGUAUUAGUUCCUCUAGUUGCAAGUUAAAUGUGGGCAUGUGCAAAA